AGCAACCCAAAACGAAACCAGCGAUCCAUCCUUAAUCCUCACAGAAGAUAAACAAACCCCGGACUCAACUCAACUCCCCCGGCAUCCAAAUCUGCAACUCCAACCUCCCCUCCCCUCUCCUCUCUCCCCAUUAGCGUGCAGAUCUGUCCACCCGCCGAUUUGGAUCGCCGCGGAUCGGAUUUAUGCAGUCUUACUGCCGCCAGCGCCAGCCAUGCCGCGCAGCUUGGGAGGGGAGGGCAGCUUGAGCAGUCUCGGCCGGGAGGAGGGGGGGCCGGCCCGCGCGGGGGCUGGGCGGCAAUGUCCAGCAUGUCGGACUCUGGGGGCGGCGGCCGCGCGGGCGCGGAGCUGAUGGCGGAGCAGUUCCACCUCAAGGUGCUGCACGCCGUCCUCGCCGUGCGCGCGCCGAGGCCGCUCGCCGCGCCGGCGCCGGCGGCCGCCUCGGCGUCCUUCCGCCGGCGCGACAGGUGGUUCCACCUCCCGCUCCACGACCCGCCGCCGCCCCCCUCCGCCGAGUGCCUGGAGGCGCCGCCCCCCGGGGAGCCGCUCGUCGUUGACAUCCACCUGUCCCCCGCCGGCUGCGGGGGAGCGGGCGGGGAGGUGGUGGAGAGGUGGACGGUCGCGUGCGAGCCCUGGCCGGACGCCGCGGCGUCCGGCGAGGGUAUGGCCGUGAACCGGGCGUACAAGCGGUGCAUGACCCUGCUGAGGUCGGUGUACGCCACGCUCCGCCUGCUCCCCGCGUACCGCGUCUUCCGUCUCCUCUGCGCUAACCAGUCGUACAACUACGAGAUGGGCUACACCGUCGGCUCCUUCGCCGUGCCUUUCUCGCGCGCCCAGGAGUCUGCCAUGCGUUCCCAUCGCUUCGUUCCCGUUGACACCCAGCCCGGCCGUCUCGUCGUCUCCGUCCAGUACCUGUCCAGCCUCGCCGCGUUCAACCUGGAGAUCUCCUCCCUCUCCCCCUCUAUGUUGAUCACCAACUACGUCGGCAGCCCUGCAGCUGAGCCCAUGCGCAACUUCCCUUCUUCGCUCACGGAGGCCACAGGCUGCGCUUUCCCGCAGUCCUAUCAGCAGCAGCGUCCGCACAGCUGGGCGCCGCCUGCGCUCUGGCCGCUCGCCCCAGCGCAGCAGACGAGAUUUUCGCCACCGCCGUUGCACUAUGCGUCACCAACACCGUCGCCCCCUAAUUUUCCUGGUGGGUACCUGCAGUCCCCUCUGAGGGGGGAGUCUGCACCGGUGACCAUACCAGGCGUGAGAAGGAGCCCCGUGCACCGUCAGAGCAUGCUGGACCCGGUUAAAGGUUUAAUGCUGCCACCGCCAUCCCCGAGGAGAGGAGACAAGGGAGCAGCAGGUUCACAAGAAUCGCCGUCAGAUAUAAGCCGGUCAUUCGGGAGGCCAGAAGGACUUAGGAUGGGGGAUCCAUAUGGCAGCUCAUCACCAGGAUCCAAGGGUAAGGACAGUCGGGAUGAAUCUGGCAGAUUCUCUGCACUCUCUUCUUGUGAUUCACCACGGCAAGAUGAUCUGGAUGAGGCAGAUUAUCCUUUUGCUGUGGAUGAUGUCGAUCCACCAAUCUCCAGACCUGGGAGCAGUGAUGGAAAGGAGGCUGGAGAUCAGGCAGGCUCGUCGUCCCAUAAAUCACAAGAUGCGGCAGUCGGCUCUCUGGUUCACUUGCUGAGAACCGCACGCCCGCUGCGAGAUUCUAGCUAUUCGUCUCAAACGUCAGGUGCUGAGUCUAACACAGUAGCCUCGACUAGUUCUGUCAUGUCUCGCAGGACAUCUGAUGCACUCGAGGAGCUGCAGUCUUUCAAAGCAAUCAGGGAGAGACUGCUGUCCGGGAGUAGAGCGAAAGAGCGAGACUCGCCGGAGAAGCCAUAGCACCAUUCUUUCCUUGUUUCUCUUAACUUCACGGUGGAAGGUCAGAUCCGUACGACAGAACAGGCCAUGCUGUGAGCCCAGCAAUGUUUUGUUGGGGCGUUUGUGUAUAUAACUGAUGAAUUGAUAUGCUCUUGGUCGAAGAUAAGAUACAGACCUCGAUUGAUUUCAGCGAGGGCGUAUCUCUCGUCAUUCUUGAACCCUAGGACUCGCCGCUGUUUAUACGCUCUUGUAUACCUGGGAAGUAAGAUCAGUACAACACGUAGGUGUGAGCCUUUGGCUGAACGUAGUGCUCUUGCGCUGUGUGCGUGUGUAAAUUAUAUGUAACUGUACUGAAGAUCAGUAAACAUCAAUGUUAAGUAUUGCUUGCACUUGA